AUGGUGAGCAAAGAGCCCAACCACUUGCUCACAGGCCAAACCAACGGCAAGAGCACUUUGGCGGACAAGUUGCCCGGGACAAUGACUGUGCGCUCUGUUCUGCUCAAUCGAGACUCCCCAGAUAUUGAGAGCCGCCUCAAGCGGCGCCGCAACCGUACCCACCAGGUCCGCUUUAAAGACCUGGAGGAUGGCAGCAGCAGCAGCGGCAACAGUGGAACAGGAGAAAACAAUAGCCAUCAGAGGCCUGCCACAGACUGUGACAGCCCACAUCCUCUUCGUAAACACAGCAGCAGAUCCCCCCAGCCAUGGACCGACAGGGAUGGGCCACGGACCGACAGUCUACCUGGCCAAACCUCUGUGGUGGGGGCCGUUCGUGGAGACAUGGCAAGUACUAUAGAAGUGGUGGCUGCUUUCUUAGCCAGGGCCCCCCCCCAUCCAUUGACGCCGGGUCCUACACGUCGAUGCUGGGCUCCACCCCAAACUAACUCCCUAACCUUGCCAAUGACACGCAGGCCCAAUACAAGCACCAGCACAGCCAUCCAGACCUCCCCAUGCUUGAAAAAGCCCCAGUCCCUUUCUUCCACCCACACACGUAGCCACAGCCUUGGGGACUCAGUAGGCGUGGAUGGGGAUGACGAACAUGACUCUCAAGAUGAAUAUCUUACGCACAACCAUGUGUUGCUGCCUGGGUCCAAGGACCAGAACGGUCCUCCUGGUCCCGGGGAUCGAACUGUGGUGGAACGGAGCCAAGCCAGCUUGCACCACCCCACCUCCGCCCAUAGCAUUGCCCAUUCCUUGCUCCACUUCUGCACCUACUGUUACCCAACACCCUAUACCCUAUUAUACUGUUGUGUCACCACCAACAACCCCCAGCACAGCUGUUGUCUGUGCCACUCCUUCCUCAACUGCACCAUCAUGUCCCACUCAAAACUGCACCUCUCCAAUCUCAAACACAACAUCAUCCACUCCCUUAACCUGUUCCACCCCUACCCCAACUACAACCCUCAAUCUGGUCCCCAUGCCCCUCACCCGAAUUCUACUUCACCUUCUUAUGCGACUCUAAUACAAACUGUAUCUCAUUGCAACAUCCCAUGUCAAGCGCUUCAAAAUACUUCCUCUGCCAACACAGGCAUAACCCCCUACUCCUCCCCCGUCCCAAACCUAAAAUCUUGCACUUCUCCGCCUCCACUUGUGAAAACUUAUGCGUCCACUCUUCCAAAUGUGCAACCGUGUGCAACACCAACUAAAACUGUUCCUCUGUACUCUUCCACAUUUCGUGCUGCGCCACCAUACACCCCCCCCUCUCAGGCCUCCUACAAUGCUCAGGAUAAGAGGGGCAUUCGACUUCCACCUCCUCCCCCACCACCUCCGCCCUACACGCCUCGUAAAAAGGGAAAUGAUCCACCAGGUCCUGCGAUCCGAACACCCAUGCUCAGGGCAGACAGCAAGGCCAGCGAGAAAGAUAAAGACAGAGAGAAGGAGAAAAAGGAAGGUAUAAAAUGUACAGACUCACCCAAGCUCUGUGAGAGAGCCAGCUCUCUGAAGCACAGAGCUCAAACCCCGCCAGUUGCUGUGAUGAAGGGAGAGAAGCAGUCCUCCUCAUCCUCUCCUGCCAAGGCCUGUUUUAAGCCCAGCUGUCUCAGCUCAGCUCAGGCUCAGCUUGGGGCACUACACAAAAUGCUCUGCUCAGGAGCCAACGCCAGGCCCAACACACCCAACAGCCAACACCCUCUUCCUCCAAACCAGCAGGGUUGCUCUGGAGCCAGGGGCUGCUCUGCUCCUGGGGAGCGGUCUACAGCUGGGCCCCUGACUGCCACCCAAGCUGACACACUAAGACAGGUCCAGGAAAUCCUGGGGGGGUUAGUGUCUGGGGCAAGGUGUAAAUUGGACCCGUCCAGAGUGACAGAAAAGCUCCUGAGUCCCAAUGGACCCCUGCAUGAUAUUCGUAGCCUGCAGAACCAGCUCCACAGCUUGGAGGGGGUCCUGGAGACCAGCCAGAACACCAUUAAGGUCCUGCUGGAUGUCAUUCAAGACCUUGAGAAGAAGGAAGCUGAGAGAGACGGAAGACAUUCCUACAGGACCGGACAGGACAUUGAGAACUGUGGGACCUGCAGGGACUGUGCCUGCAUCAUCUACAGUGUGGAGCAUGACUUUCGUCUGCAGGAAGGGCAGGUGGUACGCACAUGGAAGGUGGGCGACCCUCCGGAGGGCUCACCGCAGCCCUCCACUCCCCAGGCCACCACACCCCACCAACAAGACUCCCCUCAAGCGGUGCGGCCGCCUGCCACCAACAAGAAGAACAGGAAGAAAUGCUUCUGGUUCCUCUGA